AUGGCUGUGUCAAACGUCACCCCACAAGCAGAAGAGGGCAGCUAUUAUCUACAACUAUGCAAGAAUCCAAUUCGUUUCGAGCUUGUCAGUAAAGCGACCAAUGUUUUUUUCGAUGACUCAAAUAAACAGGUGUUUGCAGUGCGAGCAGGUGGCACUACAGGUGUGGUGGUGAAGGGACCAGAUGAAAAAACAAACUUAACAUUCAGGAUGGAGGAUAGGGGUGAAGUAAUAUCCAUCAAAUUUUCUCCUGACCACAGAAUUCUCGGCAUACAACGAUGUCUUAAGUCUGUAGAAUUCAUAAAUUUUUCCCAUGAUAUGGUGCCAGAUAAUUUAGAGUAUUCACAGACCUGCAAGAGUAAAUCCACGCAAAUCCGCGGGUUUUGUUGGUGCAACUGCAAUGAGAUUGUCUUCAUCACAGAUCAGGCGGUGGAGUUUUAUCAGAUAUCUCCUGAAAAGAAAUCUUUAAAAUGCUUGAAAACUUUUUCUCUUUCCAUUAACUGGUUUGUAUGGCUGCCCAUCAACUGUGUUCUUUUAGUUUCUUCAGGAACUAUUGGAAAUACGCUAAAUCCAUUUUUGUUUAAGCCCAGCACAGUGAAUCGACUACCCAAAUUUGAUGUUGACCUGCCUACAGUUCCAAAGCCUCCUAAAUUGGCACUACUUCAAAGAGAUGUCACCAUGACAUGUUUAUAUGGUGUAGUUUAUAUAAUUGUGUUGCGUCAUCAACCUAGGGGAGGUACAACUGGUGCAGAAAUUGUCUUAUACCAACUCCAAAAGGAGAGUCCAGCUAAGAAAACGGAUAUACUUCGAUUGGAUAUGAGUGGACGUUUUGCUGUUAAUGUAGUUGAUAACCUUCUCAUAGUCCAUCAUCAGGCUUCUCGUACAUCUAUGAUAUUCGACAUCAAACUUGGUGGAGAAUUUGAUAAUUAUGUUGUGUGUCACCAUCCUGUACUGUCUCCUCUGCCUAUUAGACCUUUCCGUCUGUUACUGCCUCCAGCACCUAGUCUACCAGUUGGAAGUGAGAAGACAGAAUUUACUUUUGAAUUGUAUUCUGAUAAUUGGAUUGUCUUCCAACCUGACAUCAUUAUUGAUGCCAAGUUGGGAAGCCUGUGGUAUGUUCAACUGUGUCUUGAACCUUUGGUAGAAAUGAUUCCUGAUAAAUGCAAACUUAUUGAGUUUCUACUUCUGCGGAAAGACAGUAAAAUGGUUGUGCUGUCUGUAUGCCGACAAAUGUUGAUUCCUGGGCACCAAGCAAGUCUUGUCACCAUUGCUCGAAUUUAUGACAUGUUAAAUGAUGUCUACAAGAACUACCAAGAAGCAGAGACUCAAUCUCUUGUAUAUUCCGUUGACAACCCAAAUAGACCUGACCCUCACCAACGCUGCAAUAAAGUGAUUUUGGAUCAGUCUGACAUGUACACUCAUGUUUUCUCUGUUUUUGAAAAUUCCAAGAAUAUUUCGCAUAAGUUCAUGGUGGCUGUUCUCAUAGAAUAUAUUCGUUCCCUUAAUGAGCACCAGAUCAAUGUACAGCAUUAUCUGUAUGAAUUGGUCAUCAAUAUAUUGGUUCACCAUAACUGUUUCUACCAAUUACACCAAUUUCUACAAUACCAUGUCCUCAGUGACUCUAAACCUCUGGCCUGUUUAAUGUUAUCCUUAGAGAGUGUUUAUAUGCCUUCUCACCAGCUGGCUCUGGACAUGAUGAAGAGAUUAUCAACAGCCAAUGAGGAAAUUAUUGAGGUUUUGUUAUCAAAGCAGCAACUCCUGCCAGCUCUCAGGUUUAUUCGAAGUAUUGGUAUCAUUGACACAGUGUCUGCCCGUAAAUUCCUUGAAGCUGCUCUCAACUGUGAUGAUCAGAUGCUGUUCUAUACAGUAUUCAAAUUCUUUGAGCAGAGAAAUAUCCGUCUCAGAGGUUCUCCAAAAUUUCCAUCAGGAGAACACUGUGAACAUUAUGUCCAUCACUUUGAAUCCCUGUUCGGGACAGAAGCCCUGGAGGAUGUCCCAUCUGGCUGA